CGGAAGUGAUAGUGACGCUGUGUUGCCGUUAGCUUUCACAGUGGAAUGCCGCUUUCUGGAUUGUUUACUCCGUAUGUGUCCAAAUGUUGACCAUUCCUAGUUUGUGAUAUCACCUCUGCAGUCACCGCCUGUCCCUCUUAUAGACACGUGAUCAAUGACGGCUCUGGUCAGCCAUGGCUGUUGUGUCAUGGAAGGAGAUUUUACUUUUGACUGGACUGGUGGUGGGAUGUUACUGGAACAGUCUGUUGUGCGGCUUUGUGUUUGAUGAUGUCUCGGCGAUCCUCGACAACAAGGACCUGCGGCCCGUCACACCUCUCCGCAACCUGUUCCUCAAUGACUUCUGGGGAACACCCAUGGCAGAGGAGCGGAGCCAUAAAUCCUACAGACCCCUGACCGUACUCACCUUCAGACUGAACUACCUCUUCAGCGAGCUGAGCGCAGCCUCCUACCAUCUGCUCAACGUGGUUUUACACGGCGUCGUGUGUGUGCUCUUCCUGCGGGUGUGCAGAUUGUUUCUGGAUAAGACCUCCAGCCUGGUGGCGGCGUUGCUGUUUGCUGUGCAUCCCAUCCAUACUGAAGCUGUUACAGGUGUGGUCGGCAGAGCUGAACUUCUGUCUUCAAUCUUCCUCCUGGCUGCUUUCCUGGCCUACACCAAAUCCACAGGUGCCGAUCACUCCAUAGUUUGGGCUCCGAUCGCUCUCACAGUCAUUCUCGUGGCUGCAGCAACACUGUGUAAGGAGCAGGGAAUCACUGUCGUCGGCAUCUGCUGUGUCCAUGAAGUGUUUGUCGCCCAAGGGUUCACCCUGCCCAUGUUGUUGGACACACUGCGGCAAGUCCUGCAGGGUAAAGACGGUUUCCCCUACGCUGUCCUGCAGACUCUGCUAAAGCUCAUUGUCCUCGUCAUCAGCACCCUGCUGCUCGUCAUCAUCAGGGUCCAAGUCAUCCAGUCCCAACUUCCUGUCUUCACCAGAUUUGAUAACCCGGCAGCAGUCAGCCCCACUCCUGCCAGACAGCUGACUUUCAACUACCUACUUCCUGUAAAUGCGUGGCUUCUGCUGAACCCCUCUGAGCUCUGCUGCGACUGGACGAUGGGCACCAUCCCUCUGGUGGAGUCGCUCCUGGACCUCCGUAACCUGGCCACCCUGGUGUUCUACACUUUCCUGGGCCUGCUAGCUUACCACAGCCUGCGCUACAGACACAGCUCUGCCAAGACUGUCAUCAUGGCCCUGUCUUUGAUCGUCCUGCCUUUUAUUCCUGCGUCCAACCUCUUCUUCCCUGUGGGCUUUGUGGUGGCAGAGAGGGUACUCUAUGUGCCCAGUAUGGGCUUCUGUGUUCUUGUGGCACAUGGAUUCAAGAUGGUCACACAAAAAGGACACAUGAAGAAAGUUUCCUGGUUGAUAAUCGGGGUUCUUUUAACGACACAUGCAGUGAAAACUUUCAACAGAAACUGGGACUGGGAGUCAGAAUACACUCUGUUCACCUCUGCCCUCAAGGUCAACAAGAACAACGCCAAGCUGUGGAAUAAUGUCGGCCACGCUCUCGAGAACCAAAACAAUUAUGCAAGAGCUCUGCGGUAUUUCCUCCAGGCCACCCGCGUCCAGCCAGAUGACAUCGGUGCUCACAUGAAUGUUGGACGAACCUACAAGAACCUGAACAAGUCCAAAGAAGCAGAAGAUGCCUACUUGGUUGCCAAAUCCCUCAUGCCACAGGUUAUUCCUGGGAAGAAGUAUGCGACACGUGUGGCCCCGAACCAUCUCAAUGUUUACAUAAACCUGGCCAAUCUGAUCCGGGCCAACGAGUCCAGACUGGAGGAGGCCGACCAGCUCUACCGACAGGCGAUCAGCAUGAGACCAGACUUCAAACAGGCCUACAUCAGCAGAGGGGAGCUGCUGCUGAAGAUGAACAAGCUCACUGAAGCCCGGGACGCCUACCUCCGAGCCCUGGAGCUCGACCGCACCAACGCCGACCUGUGGUACAAUCUGGCCAUCGUCAACAUCGAGAUGAAGGACCCAUCAGAGGCCCUGAAGAACUUCAACCACGCCCUGGAGCUCAACCCUCGCCACAAGCUGGCGCUCUUCAACUCAGCGCUUCUCAUGCAGGAGUCUGGUGAGCCAAAGUUCUGGCCUGAGGCAAACCGCCGUUUCCUGACCUACGUGGAGGAGGACCCUGACGAUGCCAACGGCUACUUCAACCUCGGAAUGCUGGCCAUGGAUGCUAAUGAAAAUGCAGCAGCUGAGCGGUGGAUGCGUAAAGCCAUCGGUCUGCAGGCAGGCUUCCGCAGUGCGCUGUUCAACCUGGCGCUGCUUUACUCUCAGUCCAAACGUGAGAUUGAUGCUCUGCCCGUGUUAGACGAGCUGCUGCGUCACCACCCGGAGCACAUCAAGGGCCUGAUCCUGAAGGGCGACAUCCUCAUGAACCACAAGAAGGACACGCAGGGUGCUAAAGCCUGCUUUGAGCGCAUUUUGCGCAUGGACCCCACCAACGUGCAAGGCAAGCACAACCUGUGCGUGGUCUACUUUGAGGAGCGUGACCUGCCGCGUGCUGAGCGCUGCCUAGAGGAAACGCUGGCCCUGGCACCAAACGAGGAGUACGUGCGUCGUCACUUGAGCAUCGUACGAAGUAAAAUGGCAGCCAUGAGCGCAGCGGGGCAGCCACUCACCUCAGCAGGGGGAGCCACUGCAUCUGCUAAGGAGGAAAAGCCGAAGAGGGUUAAAGAGGCAGCGGAGGAGGCUGCUGAGGGAGAGGAGGAAGGGAGGGGUGCUGAUGUUGAUGGGAAGGAGGCUGGAGAUGAGAAGAAUGUGCGGAAAUCCUCUGCAGAAAGCCUUGGAGGAGCGGGCGUGGACCAAUCAGAGUCUUUGGACAGUAGCCAGUCUGACAAGCAGACUAAGGGUAAGUCCACUAAAGAGAUUAAAGAUAUAGAGAAAAAAAGGGCAGCGGCCUUAAAGAGACUAGAGGAGAUUGAGCGCAUAUUGAGUGGUGAUUGACACUGUUGUAAUUUAUAGCGGGACUACUUUUAUAGAGCUCUUUAAUGCUCCGAGACAAACUGCAUUUCCCCUGCUUUGGGAAUGUGUCCUCCUAAUCAAGUGUCAUUUUACUCUUUUGAUUUAUCCACUCGUUUGCAGGCUGCUCGGCAUGGCCCUGUUGAUUUAACACUAAUCAUGUAAAGAAGGGAAACGUUGAUCUGCACAUGAAACUCAUGUAACAAUAAGCACAAAGCCAAUUUGGGAUAAUCUAUUUAAAGCUUCUGGCAGACGUAGCUGCCAGUGUGUGUGUGCUUCAUUUGAAUGUGAUUUCACAUAUCGUAGAUCUGCAGUAGCUAUAAAUAUUUGUUUUUCUAUGUGUAGUCAUUGUUAAUCACUGGAUUUUUUUUCUUUCACUAAGAUGUGACUCACUUGUUAUUGUUUUUAAAAACAGAAUGAUUGUAUCAUGGACAAUUAAAGGAAAUGACGUGUUGCCCAGAUUUCCUCAAGGCAGGAUGAUAUCUGCAGAGUUCGCACCUCAAAAUAACCCAAACCACACAGAGAGAGAAAAAAACCCUCCACACUACAUCAACACUGUGCUCACACGUCUCCUAAUCUCUAUUGAUCUCGCUCGGCACUUCCUGCCUGUACAUUAUAAACCUCUGCGCUCACAGCUGCUUUUGCCUCAAAAUUUCAUUGUGAUCCAAUUUAAAGACGAUUAUCUCACUCUCUUUGUCACAUUACCGCCUCGCAGCUCAGCGCCUGUCUCCCAUCUUUCAGACACACACAACUCCUGCUGUUCUGAGUUAACGACACCAUACGCAUCGCCUUGAUUGGGCCAACACCAAUUUAUUGAUGCACGCUCAUCCUCAGCGUUCGGCUUCAUCAUGUGCUCCUCAUUUUUAAGUUCCUUCCGCUCUCAAGGGAAAAUUUUCUCAGCACAUUUGCAAGUAAACAGAUUCUCACAUUGGACCGGCUUCAAAGCGCCGAAGUUGUUUAAGCUUCCUGCCAAUAAAACAACAUUAGGAUGUUUGUAACGGCCUCUGUGUUCACUGCAUUCACUAUUUACACUUGGGAUCACUGUGAAUCAGAAGUACACUGCAGCUAUCUGUAUUUACUCACGUAAGACUUCUGCAGGCGAGUACACAAAUUAAAACCACAGACUGUGUGAAUUAAUGGACGUAGCCGCCUUGAUGUCACGUACUUGUCUGUGGGCUCCUGUUCUGAACAAGCCCCCAGGAACAGCUUUGAAGCCAAUUUUACAUAGUGGUCAAAAUUACACCGUCCGGGUGUGUCACCUGAUGCUCUGCGGCCCAAAGACUUACACUAGACGUCUGUAAAUCGGUGGAUGAAUGUUUUGUGUGUCGGAUCAAUGGGAUCAAAUCCUGAUUAGAUCCAUUUGAUCCGAUAACAUUUGGAAAGUCUUUAUGAGCUGCAAGUUUAAAUAAUUUUACCCCCAUUCAAGUUAGCAGAGCACUAAACUGGUCGUUAGCUAUUAAGCCACCGCAAGUCUCUAGUGCUUUCCUGUGUGGGCCCCACAGUGUGGAAGAUCCGUGUAAUUUCAUACUGCAGAAAUAAAGCUCUUUUUCUUUUUUUUUUUGCUUCACGAACAGGGUAUCCCGGUCUCUUUGUUUUGGUUCUGAAGCCUUGAAUUUGGAAUUUUGGCUGCCACCAUCUUGGAUCUUUUGAGCCAUAAGUGACCGUAUUCAGACGUGAUGGUGAAGAAUACUCUAACGUUAGCUACUAGCUUUGUUAGCACAGUACAUUAACAGGUUUGGUUAACUGUGAUAAUGCUAAUUUUCACGCGUGAAAAACAAAACGUACCCACCAGAAAAAAUAAAUAUCCAACUUUUUCAGGUGACAUAAACACUGCAGUUAAUUUGACUCCCAGUUAUUUUACAUAAAAGGCAUUAGAUGAUGGUAAAUGACAUUAAUGAGCGGCUUUUUAAUUGCAAAGGCAAUUUGAACAUGAAAUACAACAAUAGGUGAACUCCUAACAGUUUAAAGUAGUGGUUCCCAGCUGGUGGGUUGUGGGUCCAUUCUGAAUGGGACCGCAAGUAACUCACGAACAUGUCAAGAUUUGUAAAUAACACAUUUUGUCUGCUUUUAUUUUGAAGUGCUGUUUCCUGCUGUGGAGUGAGUGACUAACAGACAGCUACUUGACAGAGACAGCAAACUAGCUCGACGACACGGCCAAACGCAAGAAUGACGCCAAAUGUAUUAAACUGUGGACCUUGAACUAAUGACGAAGAAGAAAUCUGGACCCUGUGGUCGGACCAGUUGGGAGCCACUGCUUUAAAGUUAAAUAUAUAAAUGCAACAUGUUAAUUUUUGUAAACUGGUGCAUUUUGACAUGGGGGUCUAUGGGGAUUGACUAGUUCUUGGAGCCAGCCUUAAGUUCGGUUAGAGGAACUGCAAUAUGCGUUGGCUUUAUUUUUCAGUCCCAGAGGUUGCUGCUUGAUUAAAACUUGUGAAAAUUCGAAAAGCCCAAAUCUCUCCUGCUCUCGUUUCGACGAGGCCAUGAUAAAACCCAGCGCCUGAUGAUUUCAAUAAUAGGCCAAUAACUGACUUUAAAAAACACUUCUGUUUCUGUACAAGCACUAUCAGAGCCCCGGUAGUCAUUAACUAUGUGUGAGCUCAGCUGAAUGUAGCUGUGAGGCAGGUCAACAAUAUUCAGAGCAUCAUGCUUCCAUGAUGUUCCUGUUUUUACGUCACAGUGCAAUAAUUAUUUUCAGUCUGUUGACCCUCUGCUCAGUGCAGCUCUUCAUGGUGGAGGUGCAGGAAGUUAGCGGCGCUGUGGUGGUACUAAGGAGACUUGCUAUGCAUUGACCUUGUUCAGCCCUGACAUUCUGUGUACAUAUAUUUACAGUGUUGGUGUAUCCAGUGUUAUUUAUUAUGUUUGUAUGCACUGCAAUGCUGUAGAUGUUUUGUUUACCACUCACAGUAUGCUUUAAAUUCAUGGUGCAUUAUUUUGUUAAUUUUCGACGUGUCAUUUAAACAUAGAUGUUUUUCACUUAAACAACAGAGCCAUGUCAGUGUUAAACAUGUAUGAAACAUCUAAUCAACUGUCUGCCGCGAAUCGUAGGUACAGCUUUGAACGAGCAAACAUCCUGUUUGGAACAUUUUGUUUCACCUCAUCUUCUGAGUGGCUGAUUUUUGUACGAUAAGAUUUUUGUUUUUUUAAGCAAUAGCCCUGGGUGGUGGGGGUCUAGGUUAUUAAAUAAAGUGAGAUGAUAACUCAUUGCUUUUGUUCUGUGUG